CACAUCUGUGCAGAAAAGGCCCUGCGGCCCAGGGGCGCCCGCAGUGUCACUAGGUCGGUUGGGGGCCCUGGGUACGCUGUAGACCGUAGACCGCGACAGGCCAGAACACGGGCGGCGGCUUCGGGCCGGGAGACCCGCGCAGCCCUCGGGGCAUCUCAGUGCCUCGCUCCCCACCCCCUCCCCCGGGUCGGGGGAGGCGGCGCGUCCGGCGGAGAGUUGAGGGGAGCGGGGCCGGCCUGGAGCGCCAUGAGCAGCCCGGAUGCGGGAUACGCCAGUGACGACCAGAGCCAGACCCGGAGCGCGCUGCCCGCGGUGAUGGCCGGGCUGGGCCCCUGCCCCUGGGCCGAGUCGCUGAGCCCCAUCGGGGACAUGAAGGUGAAGGGCGAGGCGCCGGCGAGCAGCGGAGCGCCGGCCGGGACCGCGGGCAGAGCCAAGGGCGAGUCCCGUAUCCGGCGGCCGAUGAACGCCUUCAUGGUGUGGGCUAAGGACGAGCGCAAGCGGCUGGCGCAGCAGAAUCCAGACCUGCACAACGCGGAGCUGAGCAAGAUGCUGGGCAAGUCGUGGAAGGCGCUGACGCUGGCGGAGAAGCGGCCUUUCGUGGAGGAGGCCGAGCGGCUGCGCGUGCAGCACAUGCAGGACCACCCCAACUACAAGUACCGGCCGCGGCGGCGCAAGCAGGUGAAGCGGCUGAAGCGGGUGGAGGGCGGCUUCCUACACGGCCUGGCCGAGCCGCAGGCGGCGGCGCUGGGCCCCGAGGGCGGCCGAGUGGCCAUGGACGGCCUGGGCCUCCCGUUCCCCGAGCAGGGCUUCCCUGCCGGUCCGCCGCUGCUGCCUCCGCACAUGGGCGGCCACUACCGCGACUGCCAGAGUCUGGGCGCGCCUCCGCUCGACGGCUAUCAGUUGCCCACGCCCGACACGUCCCCGCUGGACGGCGUGGACCCCGACUCGGCUUUCUUCGCCGCCCCGAUGCCCGGGGACUGCCCGGCGGCCGGCACCUACAGCUACUCGCAGGUCUCGGACUACGCUGGCCCCCCGGAGCCUCCCGCCGGCCCCAUACACCCCAGACUCGGUCCAGAGCCCGCGGGUCCAUCGAUGCCGGGCCUCCUGGCGCCACCCAGCGCCCUGCACAUGUACUACGGCGCGAUGGGCUCGCAUGGGGCGGGCGGCGGGCGCGGCUUCCAGAUGCAGCCGCAACACCAACACCAACACCAACACCAGCACCAGCACCAGCCCCCGGGUCCCGGACAGCCGUCGCCCCCUCCGGAGGCACUGCCCUGCCGGGACGGCACGGACCCCAACCAGCCCGCCGAGCUUCUGGGAGAGGUGGACCGCACGGAAUUUGAACAGUAUCUGCACUUCGUGUGCAAGCCUGAGAUGGGCCUCCCCUACCAGGGGCAUGACUCCAGUGUGAAUCUCCCCGACAGCCACGGGGCCAUUUCCUCCGUGGUGUCCGACGCCAGCUCCGCGGUAUAUUACUGCAACUAUCCUGACGUGUGACAGGUCCCCGAUCCGCCCCAGCCUGCAGGCCAGAAGCAGUGUUACACACUUCCUGGAGGAGCGAAGGAAAUCCUCAGACUCCUGGGUUAUUGUUGUUGCUGUUGUUGUUGUUUUUUAAAAGGUGUCUUGGCAUAUAAUUUAUGGUAAUUUAUUUUGUCUGCCACUUGAACAGUUUGGGGAGGGGUGAAGUUUCAUUUAAAAUUUGUUCAGAGAUUUGUUUCCCGUAGUUACAUUGUCAAAAACCCUAUUUCCAAGUUCAAGUUAACUAGCUUUGAAUGUGUCCCAAAACAGCUUCCUCCAUUUCCUGAAAGUUUAUUGAUCAAAGAAAUGUUGUCCCGGGUGUGUUUUUUCUAUCUUCUAAAAAAUAAAAUCUGGAAUCCUGUUUUUUCGUUCUAGUAGUACCUCUGUCACACUAGUUUUAUCAAAACCCAAUUUUUAAGAUCAAUGUUAAGUCUAUUAGUUAAUGUAAAUUUCUCAUCCUCUUGAAAAGGGUGAACAUAAUUUAAGGACUAUAUCUAAAAAUAAACAUUAGGAUAUCUAAGUUUGAUGUAAUUGUUUCGGGAAGGAAAAAAGAAAAGCAUUCUGGAAUGAGCCUACUUCAUUUCAAGUAAUCUUAGUUUUUAAAACGAACGGUUAAUUAAUAUUUUCAAUUCCAGUAUAUCACUUUAAGUAGAAGGGGAUGUCCAAGUAAUUUUGGUUUUCUAACUGUUGAAUCAUAAGCUUGACCGGCCCACAGAGGCUUUUCGGAUGUUUUUAUCUGUGUUCUGCCAUCUCUUUACACUACACUCCUCCGACAUUCAGUUUACCUAAAUCUUCACAUUUUUACACCUUGGGAAGUGGCGUUGCUGGGUUGAAAAUAAAGGAGUCACAGAAACUAAUCAAAAUAAAAUGUGCAUUAUAACAACUUUUAAUACACUUUAGCAUUUUAUUUGAAGAAUUUUUUUUUGCUUUUAGAUUUAAUACAUACAUGGACGAUGGCAUAAACUUAGGGGAGAAUCCAUGAAUGGUUUGUAGCGUCCCGAUCUAUCACCAUCAUUACCUUAUCAAGAAGAAACUGAGUUACAGGGUUGUGAGUAAAAGAUGGGGAUCAGCUCCUGUAAUCAGCCAUGCUAAUUGCUGUGGCACGUCUCACCACAUUUUACAGAUUGAGGCAUAAAUGGAAACAGGUGACUUAUAAUGGGCAUUUCCUGUGCCAGAUGUUUGUUCAAUGCCGUUCUAAACAGCUUUAGCCUCAACAAGCCUGCAGGUUUAGGUGCUAUGUUUCCCAUUUUGUAAGUGAGGAAAGGAGUCACCAGGCCUUCCCCUGCCACGUAUAUGAAGGCUUGUAUUACAAGUUCUUUUGACAUAUUUCUCACCUGUUUUCCUCUGGACCAGGGUGUAUUCAUGGGCACUGGGAGAAUUUACAUUCUGUUGGUGGCAAACCAUACAAUUAUCCCUAGCAGCAAGUGCUACAGAAAAAGGAAAGGCUUGGAGGAUAGCUUACAGCAUUUAUGUGGGAGAGAUGUCUGAGCUGAAAUGAUUGACUGCAUUCUCUUGAAAAAAGGCAUGGAAUAUGUUUUUCAGAAGGGAUUCCUGGAAUGUGAAGGAUAGACAGUUUCAGUGAGGAAAGAUAAGUUUAUUUUGUUAGGCAUAACAGGCUUCCUUUAAAAAGGUUAAAUUCUAACCCUUAGCUGAGGUGGGUUGUUUCUGCUUCCAGCCUGAGCUCCUUCUCCAGGGUGUCCCAAGAGUUCCCAGUAGAUGAAGUGGGCAGAAGGGCUACCAGCCUAAGUUCAGGGCGGUGCUCAGACUACACUUGGCAUUUUCAUCAUACUCAGUCAGCCGAAGAAGACUCAGCUGUACCCUUGGCUGCCAUCUGUUAACGAUAUUAAGACAAGU